UUCAUGUUGGCUCUUAAAAAAAAAGUAUAUAUGUAAAAAAAAAUAUGAAUUGUUAAGUUAUAUAUAUCAGGAUGAUAAAUAAAUUAUAAAUUUUGUUAAUAAACUGUAUUAUUAUUUAUUAAUAAGUAUUAAAUAUCAUAAAUAAUAUAAAUAAGUUAAUUAAAAAGGUUUAAAUAUGUCAGAAUUACGUGAUUGUACUCAAGAUGGCGAUUACAAUAAAAAUAAUAAUAUUUAUAACGAUUUUAUAAAUGUAUAUAUCAUGAAUUUUGAUUGUUGUGAAACUUGUUUCCUCGACAUUUCGGAUCCCAGAGGCCUAACGAAUUUGAAAUUAUGGUUAAGAGAUUCUCAAGAUGAUCAGCAGUCAACUGAUAGCAAGAAAUUAAUCGAUACCCGGACAUGGACUCGUCCAAAGAAACGUUUUUCUCGCCUGAGUAUCGACGCAAUACCAGAAGUUGCCGCGUCCCUAGAAAACAGUCCAAUGAAACCUCUAGCCGGUCAUCUAGUGACGUCGACACCUCAAGUGGCUCAAUCAGCACAAUCUCGUUUGAAUUUCGAUUUAAACGAACGCAUAAAUGUGAUACCGUCAGUUUUAAGAUCAUCAUCAUCAUCGUCAUCGUCAUCACCGUCAGCGCCAACAUAUUGCGGUCCUAAUUUCGGACAAUCGUCAGUAACUUCUACAGGACAAAAAAGUCUCGACGCCUUUUUAAAUAUUUCCCAACAAAAUGGCGUCGAUUCGUUUCUCAACAUGGAGACGCCGGAAUUUAAUGAGUCGUUACUGAUGAAUAAUAAACAGCCUCCGAGUCUUACUGACUCCUUGCUGAUGAUCGAAGAUUCUGAUCAAUUGAUAUCUUCUACUCAAUCACUGGGUGCAGGAAUUGGGACUGGAGGUGAAGCAGGAACUGGAACUAAAAUGGAUGACUCCCAGAUACUAACGACAUCUAUGAUGCAAACGAGUUUGUUUGGAGAUACAACAGAUCCCAAUAAUCCGUUCGCGAGAGAUCUAUCUGACGGAUCGUGUAUAGAAAACCCGGAUUUCAACUGCUCGUUAAAUAGAACGGUGACGAUAAAUCAGUUGCUGUCAUCAAGAUCGGGUGGAAAAAAAAUAGACGCGACUUUUAAUGCUGACGAAUUAUAUGCGGCGUUGAAUUGCGAAUCGUUUGUGAUAAAUCGUACGUUUGAUAAAAAUGAACAGAAUCAUCUGAGUUACGUCAUCUGCGGGGACAAUGACGGAGUUGGGCUAGAUCUUGAUCUGGUGAACAAAAGAUCGGGACUUAAUUCUGAUGGGGAGAUGAGAAAUAAAUUUAGAGAUGAUUUUGGUGAGGGUAAAAUCAGAUCGGAAAAUUCAGAUCCAGAUCUUGGUGGAAAUUCAGCUCAAAAUAUUAGGUGUAAAAAUUCAGAUCAAGAUUUAAAAUAUAGAAAUUUAACUCAAGAUCUUAAAUAUAAAAAUUCAGAUCUAGAUCUUCAGGAAAAUUCAGAUCAGAAUUUAAAAUAUGGAAAUUCAGCUCAAAGUCUUAAGUAUAAAAAUUCAGAUCAAGAUUUAAAAUAUAGAAAUUUAACUCAAGAUCUUAAAUAUGAAAAUUCAGAUCAGAAUUUAAAAUAUGGAAAUUCAGCUCAAAGUCUGAAGUAUAAAAAUUCAGAUCAAGAUUUAAAAUACAGAAAUUUAACUCAAGAUCUUAAAUAUGAAAAUCCAGAUCUAGAUCUUCAGGAAAAUUCAGAUCAGAAUUUAAAAUAUGGAAAUUCAGCUCAAAGUCUCAAGUAUAAAAAUUCAGAUCAAGAUUUAAAAUAUAGAAAUUUAACUCAAGAUCUUAAAUAUGAAAAUUCAGAUCUAGAUCUUCAGGAAAAUUCAGAUCAGAAUGUAAAAUAUGGAAAUCCAACUCAUAAUCUUACGUAUAAAAAUUCAGAUCAAGAUCUAAAAUAUGGAAAUUCAGCUCAUAAUCUUACGUAUAAAAAUUCAGAUCAAGAUCUAAAAUAUGAAAAUUCAGUUCAAGAUCUCCAAAGAAAUUCAGAUCAAAAUUUAAAAUACGGAAAUUCAGAUCAAGAUCUCAAAUAUGGAAAUUCUCAAGAUCUUAAGUAUGGAAAAUUAAAUCAAGAUCUUAACUACAGAAAUUCAGAUCAAGAUCUUAAGUGUGAAGAAUUAGAUCAAGAUCUUGAAUAUGAAAGUUCAGAUAGAGAUCUCACGUACAGAAAAUCAGAUCCAGAUCUUAAAUACGUAAAUUCAGAUCGCGAUCUUGAAGAUCUUAAAUACGAAAAUUCUGAAUAUCAAUCUGAAUCAAAAUUCCACCCAGAUCUUACUGAUAAAAACAACAUAAAUUCCAGCAACGAAAAUUUAUUAAACACCACGAUAACAAAAAUGAACGCAACGAUAAAUUUGAAUUCCCCAUUUUCCGACCACGAGCAAAUGCAGUUACCGGGUUCUCUGAGUGAAUUCAAAGAGCCAUUGAAUGUCGACAGUAAAAAAAAGUGCCUUAACUCAACAUUUCUGUCUGACAGCAACAAAAUAUUAAACGAAACUUACGAUCACUCCAGUGACCUAAAUUACGCCAACGAUCACGUGAUAAAAAAUCGUUACCAAACAUAUCGCAAAACGAUACCCAGUAAAUUACUCCAGAGAAAAACUUACGGGUUCAAUAAUCAGGACACGAGAUCCCUGGAAAAUUUGUCCGACAAACUGACCAAUAAAAAGUCAAGUGGAAUCGGAAGUGGAGUAGGCGGCAGCAGAAUCGGACUCGCAGCCAGAAGUGGAAUCGCCUGCGGUAAAAAUUUAUCCCGUCUGCCGCAAAGUCUUCAAAAGUCGAAUCCAAAUUUGAAUACCGGGACAUUCAAACUACCGGGAGAUAAAAAUAAAAUUAGAUCUGGUUUGUAUUCGUUGCGCAAACCCGGAAGUUCGGAAAGUGCCAGUGGAGAUGACGAAGGAUUCGGCGGUAAAAAAUAUUGUAAAUUAAAAUAUGCGACCCAAGGAUCUACGGAGAGCAUAGAAAGUACUCAGAGUAUCGCAUCCGCUCCGGAUCUUGAUGAUUGUUUGUCUGUUGACUCAGAUGAUAAAGAUUUUAAGGAUCGGAAGAUAAUGGAGAAUACUUGGAUCGCUGACACAUCGGAUUUGCCAUCGCCGAUUUUAAAAGACGGGGAAACUCCGCUAAGUAGUCGAGCAAAUUCUUCCGAAGGUUACGAUGAUUCAGGUAUUAAAGCAUCGUCACCCAUAAUUAGUCCUUCGUCAUUACGAACCAUUAAUUAUUCGUCGGCUAACAAUGACAAGCCUACGGUGAAAUCCAGUCUUCCGCAAAAACAGACGAUUGUCGAUAGACCGACAAAAAAUCCAGAUAAACAAGAAAUGAAAUCCGGAAUACGGCCGCCAACAAACAGAGCAACGAGUGGAAUUCCACGACCCGCAUCUCGUAUUCCCGCUCCCGGUUUCGCCCGUUCUAAUUUCAGUAAAAAAAAUAUUACAUGAUACAAUAAUAGUAACAACAACUAUUAUUAUUAUUAUUAUUAUUAUUAUUAUUAUUAUUAUUAUUAUUAUUAUUAUUAUUAUUAUUACUUCUACUUUCUUUUUUAUAAAAAUAUUUAUUACCAGAGUUUAAAUAAUUAAUUAAUAACAAUCAUAUAAUAUUUAUAAUGUACUAAUUAACAAGUGACUAAUUAAUUAAUUGUUCAAUUAAUUAAUUAGUCAAUGUUUAUUUUAAAUCGACUGAUUAUUUAUCGGAACAAAAAAUUAGUUUAAAAAAAAAACAAUAAACAGUAACUUUUUUUUAUUUAAUGGAAUCUAAAGUUUAAAACCAAAUUUGAAAACUGCCACAGGGAAUUUUAUUUAUAUAAAAUAUGAGACCAAAUAUAUCAUAAUUAUAUUUUUUUACUGGUUAAAAAAAUUAAUUACGAUAUUUACAAUUAAAAUAUAUUUUGUUAUUACACAGAAAAAAAAAUAUUUUUUACUGCGGAAAAUUUUUUCUUGUCCCAGAAAAUUUUUCGCAUUUUCCAUUGAAAAGAAAAAAAAUUUCCUAGGGUCAGAAAAAAUUUUCUACUGCAAGAAUUUUUUUCUCGCCUCAAAUUAUUUUUUUUUGUUACAAAAAAAUUUUUACCGGCCUCAGAAAAUUUUCCCUCUAAAAAUUUGAGAAAAAAAAAUUUUCCUAGUCAGAAAAAAUUUUCUACUGCAAGAAUUUUUUUCUCCCCUCAAAUUAUUUUUUUUUGUUACAAAAAAAUUUUGACCGGCCUCAGAAAAUUUUUCCAGUAAAAAUUUGAGAAAAAAAAAUUUUCCUAGGGUCAGAAAAUAUUUUCUACUGCAAGAAUUUUUUUCUCCCCUCAAAUUAUUUUUUUUGUUACAAAAAAAUUUUGACCGGCCUCAGAAAAUUUUCCCUCUAAAAAUUUGAGAAAAAAAAAUUUUCCUAGGGUCAAAAAAAAUUUUCUGUUGCAGGAAUUUUUUUCUUGCCUCAAAUUUUUUUUUUUUGUUACAAAAAAAUUUUGACCGGCCUCGGAAAAUUUUUCCUCUAAAAAUUUGAGAAAAAAAAAUUUUCUCGGUGAGAAAAAAAUUUCUUACGUCAACAAAUCUUUUUUUUUCUGAGUACUUU